AUGACUGGAAAGAACUUCGACAAGUGGUUGAAAGAUGCCGGAGUGCUGGACUCGAAAAACAUCACAACCACCAUGACCGGCAUCGCUUUCAGUAAAGUAGCAGGGCCAAAAAAGAAGACCAACUUCGAGGAAACUAAAAAGGUCAUCGUUGGUGUUGCAGAGGAUCGCGCCCGACAAACCAAGAGAAGCGUACAGGGCGAAGCUGAUCCCAAUUAUCCGACCAUGACGGGACGGGAGGUUUGGUUGCACUCCGCGGGAUUUGACCCGCCUAGUACGCAUGUGGUACCGAGCCCAUUUGCCACUACUUCAUCGAUAAUGCAGUUAUGA